AUGGUCGUGAGCGGCACAGAGGUCGCGAGGAACAACACCAAAGACUCAUGCUGGGUCGUGGUUCACGACUUCCUGGACGAGCACCCCGGCGGCGCAAAGCUCAUCAUCAAAUGCGCCGGCCGUGACGCAACGGAGGACUAUGACACCAUCCACAACCCGGAUCUCAUCACAGAAACACUCUCUCCUGACCACUGUCUCGGGCCAGUAGACCCCUUCACUCUCCCGACGGUCCAAGAAUCCUCGUCAGCAGAGCCCGAAAAGCCCAAGCAGGCAUACCCGCAUCUCGGCGCCCUCAUCAACGUCGAUGACUUCGAGAAAGUAGCGGAAAGGUAUCUCCCGCCCAUGGGCUGGGCGUACUACUCCUCCGGCGCCGAAGACGAGCGGAGCCUGCAUGACUCCCGUCGCAUCUUCCGCAAACUCGCCCUUCGGCCGCGGAUACUACGAAACGUUGACUCCAUCUCCACGGCUACCACCAUCCUCGGCCUCCUCUCUUCGCUGCCGUUCUACAUCUCGCCGACGGGACAGGCGAAGUACGCCCACCCAGAAGCCGAGAAGUUACUCUCGAGGGCGGCAGGGAAGGAGCGAAUUCUGUACUGCAUGCCGACCAAGCCGAGCGCUUCGAUAGAGUCCAUUUUUGGGGCUAGGUUGGGCGAGACGCAGCCUUUGUUUUUCCAGCUCUAUGUCGAUCGGAACAGGGAAAAGGCGCAAGCUACGAUUCGCAAAGCUGAACGAUUAGGCGCGAAGGCGAUAUUCGUGACUGUCGACUCGCCCGUCAUUGGGAAGCGUGAGCGCGACGAGAGACUGAUCGGUGGGGACGAGCCAUUUUCGGAGCCCAGCGGCGUGGCUAAGACGACUGCAUCGGGUUUACUGAAUGCUGGCUUAACGUGGGAUGAUCUGGCAUGGAUUAAAGAGACGACUUCGCUACCUAUCGUGAUCAAGGGCAUACAAUCGGUAGAAGAUGCGCUCAUUGCCUACGAACACUGCGUAGACGGUGUCGUGCUGUCGAAUCACGGGGGAAGGUCUCAGGACACGGCCCAGGCGCCCAUGCUGACACUUCUCGAGAUCAGAAGAUACGCGCCGCAUCUGCUUGCCCCGGAGACGAAGACUAAGUUCCAGAUUUUCGUCGAUGGUGGAAUAAGACGCGGGACGGAUAUCAUCAAGGCUCUAGCGCUCGGCGCCACAGCUGUGGGCAUCGGAAGACCGUUCUUGUACUCCAUGACGGCAGGGUAUGGAGAGGCUGGUGUGACGCGGUUGGUGCAGAUAUUGAGAUAUGAGUUGGAGACGAACAUGGCGCUCGCUGGGGCGCAGAGCAUAGAGGGUAUUGUGCCUGAAAUGGUCAAUAGUGAGCGAGCGGAGAAGGAGGUUACAUGCAGAGUCAAGUUGUAG